UUCCAGACUGGUCCCUGAAAGCACCGUGCGUACAGAUGCCUACUGGUUGCCAUGGUGAAUGAUGCUGAUCUGAAGAAAUGAAUAAUGUGAGCGUUGGGGGCGACAGUGGGAUUACUCAGACAGUGGCGAGAGAGACAUCAAGGAGAGCCCAGAGCAGAGGAGGGGAGAAGGCUCCAUUCCUUCAGCUUUGGACCACUCUGUCUCUGCCUCUGCAGGCUGCGUUCUAACCAGAUCCACCGUGCGCAUCAGAAUCAGGAUGAACAUCGAGGUGGGGAACGUUUCUUAUACAGGAGCCAUCAUUUCCUGGUCGUCCUCGGAGCCCUGCCUGGAGGACUAUUACCAUAUUAUGUAUAGGCCCAACUGGAACAGCAUCUUCUCUGGCUAUCUUCGCUACAGCUUCCACCACGAGGAGAAAGUGCCUCGAACGAUCAGUUCUGUGGUGCUGGAACACCUCGCCCCUUCCACUCUCUACUUCCUGUGCAUCAGCUGCAAGAAGGCUGCCUUCCCUUAUAGGCACUACUGCACCAUGUUCCAUACCCUGGAUAAGAGUCCACUGGCUGCUGGGAGCUCCCUGGUGGACCCCCAAAUCUCCCUUUGGGUGUUGAUGGCCAUUCUGCUGGCCUGCUUCACAGCUGUCUUAGCUUUCAUCUGCCUCCAGUUCUGGUGCAUCCGUUGCCAUGAGCCUCGAUGGUCUUACAGAGCCGGCCACAUGGAGGAAGCCAAUGGCUUGGUGAGAUGGCCAGAGGAGGCCCCAGCUCUCGGUCAGAGAGAGGAAGACCUGCAGGGGCUCCCCCUGGUGGAAAUGCCACGCAAGAAUUCCGGAGCUGAUGCAGAACCAGAAGCCGAUGCUGAAGACAACCAGGAUGCCACAGCUGACCAGGAUGCCGCCAACGAGGAUGCCCCCGAUGAGGGUGCCUUACUGGGAGGGGGUGGUGAUCAUCCUGCCUUACUGCCUCGUUUUGGGGAGUGAGAGGUAGGGAGGAGGCUGCCCGCAUCACGUAGCUUAAAGCCCUCCAUACAGUAGUUGUUUUGUAAAAAUGUGUCUCUAGACUACCCAUUUGUCUCCCCUCAAAUGCCAGUGCUCUCGUGGAUCACCUGCGUUAGAUGACUGCCCCAUGACAACGCUUCUCAAGCAGGAAAGCAUUCACCACCCCCCCACCUCCAUGGAACGUCAAAGGAGAAACAUGGUGUCUCUUAGGAGUGUCCAUCUAGGGGAACCCAGUUAGGAAUUUAAAAUGUUAUUGUAAUAUUAAAACAAACAUGAAUAUAUUAUGUAGAGAAAGCAAAAUCUGCAUGGCUUAAAUAAAACACAAUGCUUUGAGGAAACUUUUGAGUUGA